AUGAUUUUGGAUACGUCAUCACCGCCUUCGGAGCUGCAUUUAAGUGCGUUAUACGGACGUUAUCAACACUGGAGGUUUCCUUCCGUCCACACAUCUGAUAGUUCGACAGAAGACGCUUCAAUUGAGUCUUCCCUCACUUCUUUGUGUGCGCUGGUCGUAAAGUUUGAGGCAUUGACACGUGAGGAUCUUCGAGUAGGGUUUGCCCCCUCUCCUGAUGCUUCAAUGGACGGCUACGUGAACGCAAAAACAGGUAAAAGACGCCACAAAUCUUCUUGUGUCGAAUGGAAGUAUGAAGUGGCGGUUGGAACGAGUGGAAACACUGAACUGAUAUGGAGAAAAUCGGCCUCGGGAUUUAGCAAAGAGGUGGAUCUUGUCCGGGUUUUUACGGGUCGUACGUGCUCAUCUCAAGAAUUCAUCCCGUAUUGGAUUGUGGUGGACGUCAAGGACGGCUUACUGUCGAUUGGCGUGGGUGCUCAUGUGGGGCACGACGUCUUAGCAACGUGUCAAGACCCGGACUUUGUUCGUGUCACGCAGACUGCAUUCACCUCUUGGGACUCGUCCGUGUCUCUACGUAAUGUUCAAGUUUCUGGAGUUUAUGAAGGACAAACAGAGGCUUUUGCAGCUGCUAAGGGGGCUGCAUUUUCUUCUCCGAAAAUUAUGGUGAGAGCUGAUCCAUUGGGCAAGCAAGAUUUGCUGACGGUUGAGCAGCGGCAACAGUAUGAGACUGAGUAUGCGACUUCGAAGCGCCGAGCGGAGAGAUUUGGAGCGCCAUUCGUACCGCCAGAUAUCAAGAAGUUUUUAGAUCCACGAGAAGUGAGGAAGUUGCAGCGGACGGGAGCAAUUUUGCCGGGUUUUACGACGGGUAUUGAUAUUACAAGUCAAGAAGAACAAAGCAAGAGAAUUCAUCGCAUGAAGCGCUUUGACACGCCGCAAUUUGCAGUAGAAUACUCUGCUGAGACAGCUAGGGCACUCGAGCAGGGACUUACGCAGGAAGAAUGGGUUGAGAGGCAGCGCGACCGAGAAAAGUUGCGUGUUCGUGCUCAGAAGUUUGGGCUUUCUGCUGAAGAAGAUCGAUCGCAAGCGAUUUCGACAGGCCUAAAUCCGGCGUCUGCUAAGGUCGCGCGUGAACGCUGCGACGUUAAGGCGGCCGAGGAAAGAGAAGCAGUGGCAUUUCGUGAGGACGCAUUGCACAUGUACUCGCUGGACGACAAGUUUCAGCAAGUUCGUACAAGCGAUGUCAUGGAGUAUUUUGCUGGGUACGGUCCCGCAUACGUAGAGUGGCUCAAUGACAGUUCGUGUACUGUUGUUUUUCAAGACAAUUUUACCGCUAAUAGAGUGCUUAUUGCAUUGGGUCAGGAGAUUUUGCCGCGGCAAGUUUCGAAGCAAAAGGAGAAGGUAAAAACCGAAAGUUCACCAGCGUUCGAAGAAGAUGUUGAUAUGGCAGAUGUGGAAUUACGUGCUGAUAAUAAUCCUGCUAUGGUAACGAAGGAUGAAGAAGAGAAGGUUAAGAACUUUGAUGUCGCCUUUUAUCGCUCGCAGUGGUAUAUGGGUAACAGACUUAUUGGCAGUCAGACGCAACAUCCUGAUAAGAAAUGGAGAGUACUGCUACGGAAGGCUACCGACGAGGACUUUCCGCCUGAAAAGAUCCCAAAGAAGGGCAUGUACCACUCUCGAGGCAACCAGCGUCAUGACGCGCGCAGCAGUCGCCAUCGUAAUGAUCGCGACUUUGGGUCUUCAUCACGACAAGGCAGCGGUCGCACGCGAGCUCAUCCUUAUGGAGAAUUUCGCGAGGAUCGACGUGGUGAAGAAUCUUUAGUAAGCCGGCGUCAUCGCAAUAAAAAUGAUGACCGCGACACUGGUAAACCGUCUCGGCGUAUUCGUAUCAACGCUGAUGGCUCCAUUAAUAUUGUCCGCGACGGGGACGCGGCAACGGAAGCACUUUCGAGUAAACCAACACGCAAGAAACAACGUGUGGAAGCAACCAAGUCCAAAUCAGCUCCGACUGCAUACUGA